UCUUCUGUUUCUCAUUGACUCUUCCCAAUAAUUUCUCCCUCCCUUCAGUAUAUUUAACAUAAGCCAAACCAAACCUUAAUAUUUCCAAACCAAACAGACCCUUGACCCUUCUCUUCUCUUCUUCAUUCAUGUCUUUUCAGUUAAAACCCUUUUUUUCCGCACCCGCGUUUUCCCUCCUUCCUCUUCUUCUUCCCAUCACAAUCAUCGUCGCCUGAUUCAACGCAUUAGCAAAUUCCCAAACCAAACCAAUCCCAAUUCGCAGAAUCAUCAACUUCUUACAUGGAUCAAAAAGAGGAAGAACCGAUCACGCCGUUGAACACCUUCUCUUCUCUCACCCAUUCUGCCUGCCUCGAAAUUCGUCUCUUCUAUGUCAGAAUCUCCCCCUGCCUCGUCGACUCGCUCCCCGACCACCUUGGGCUCUGCCACGCGUCACGACACGCCGGUGUCUCGCUCGUCGUCAACGCCGCCCCCGUCCCCGCCUCCUCCCCCGCUACCAUCCAUCUCCACCGCGGCCGCGUCGAUCGCCAUGCCGCCGAGGUCACCUACGUCGCCACCGACACCGUCAGCCUCAGCGGCAGCGCUGACUUCGAGGUCUACGAGAACGACGCGCUCUUCCUCUGCGGCUCCCUCGAGCGCCUCGAUUCCGAAUGGAGAAACGGGUCCGGGUCGGGAUGGGGCAUGGACUGCCAUGUGGCGGCCGGGUGCGUCGGGUCGGGUUGCUCAGCGUUCUUCAGACCGCGCCUUGGGGUUUCCGCGCCGUCGAUCGAGGUCUACGUUGCCGGGUGCUGCUCCGGCGUGCCGGUGAUUCUGAACAAGACGAUUCAGAUGAGUCCGCGGAGGAGGGUGCCGAGACAUGCCACGCUGGAUGCGAUUCCCGAGGAUGAAGAAAUGAUGAUGAUGAUGAUGGAAAAGAACCGUGUCAACGGUUUUGCUCCCAACCGGAAGUUGCAGAUAACAGAGUCAGAGGUUGAUGAGUACGAUUGUGAUGAGAAGAUGGGAAAUGGUUUCUACUCUCAAGAAAUGUAUCCCGGUGAGGAUGGACAACUGUCGUGGUUCAAUGCUGGGGUUAGAGUUGGUGUUGGAAUUGGCCUUGGGAUGUGCGUGGGGAUAGGGAUUGGUGUUGGAUUGCUCAUGCGUUCAUACCAAACAACAACCAGGAACUUCAGGAGGAGAUUUUUCUAAACUCUAAUAAGGAAAUUGCUACUCUAGUUUAAUGAGAAGAUGAAGAAAAUAUAUUGGAGCUGAAUCAAAGGUGCGUGGGACAUUAGGAUCCAAAAGUUGAACAAGCAAAAUUGCGUGAAGUGUAAGUUUUGUAGAAGAGUGGAGAUUCUGCUUCCUCUUUGUUUUGUAGCUUACUCUCAGAUACGUCCACGUUGCAUUGCAUAUUUGUAUUUCGUGUGACAACAAUAGCUAUCAAUAAAGGCGCAAUGCAAUACAACUGCUUUGAGGACGUGUUGUACGAGGGGGAUCUGGUGUUCAGGGACCAUCAUAAGGUUGCCAGAGGUUUUGACUUUGAGCAUUUACCCAGA